GGACGUACGGUCUUUAUCCACAACGCCAACAAUCGCGAGCUUAUCACCCUUGUUGAGUGUAUCCGGGCCACAGGCGAGGUUAUUCCACCUCUUAUUAUCGUCAAAGCUGCUACUAUUAUUGAUGUCUCUGAGAAGGCCUGGACAACCAAUAAGCUAGGUUUUGGGUGGCUGAAGCACUUUGAUGAGCAUACAAAGAGAAAGGUAGUUAGGACCCACCGCCUGCUCAUUUCUGACAGCCAUGAGAGCCACAACUCGCUGGUUUUCCAAAACUAUUGCAAAGAUAACAAUACUGUUACUCUCAGUAAGCCUCCGCACUCGUCUCACCUCUUACAGCCACUUGAUGUGGGCUGUUUUACCCCUUUGAAGCAGGCCUAUGGACGCCAAGUCGAAGCACUCAUGCGCAGCCAGAUCAACCACAUCACAAAACAAGAGUUCCUGCCUUGCUUCAAACGC